CAACAGGGAAGUUAUUUACUAUGUAUAACUGCAGGUCUAAACAGGUAGAUCUACACAUUGCCAUGGAUUUGUGAACACAGGGCAGACAUUUGUUGAAAUCACUUACCAGUCAGAUUUCAGCCAAACAUAUGACUUCAGACUUUUGAUCAAAGCUUUUGAAAUGUCAGCAGGAAAGUGACAGAUUUAUCAACGAAGCAAGAGGGAAGUUCAUCAUGUGAUUGUGAAUUCUAGAGCUGAAUAACAUUGACAAUGUAAGUGAACAUUGAGAAGUAUGGAAAGGACAACUUGGAUUCAUCAUCACCCUGUGACAUCAGUGAUCGUGAGUUAGCUAUUCUAUAGUGUAAUUAUACCACUGGAUGGGACAGUCAAGUCAAGUUUUCAUUUCUUAACAUAACCAACUCUUAUUUGUGAGUGUUUACUGAUAACAAUAUAUUUAUACAAGAACAACAAUCACCUUCAAGAUUUCAACAAAUAAUUUUGCUUUUUAUCAAAAUGGCAACCCCUAUGAGCCAAAUUUCUCUCCGUAUUAAAGGUCAGACCACAUGUAUUCACCACAAGGGGAGACAACUAGACUUGUGUUGUGAAAAAUGUCAGGAACUGGUUUGUCUAAAAUGCCUUUCUUCUAAUCACAAAACCCAUACAGUUUGUGAGCUAAGUGAAGUCACUCAUCAGGAGAAACCAGACAUUAAAAACUUUAUAGACAGAACAGAAAAAAAUGACCUCGUACAAAUAGGGAAAUACAUCACCUCUACUGACACACUCCUUAAAGACAACACCAGCACUUUUGAGAAGUUGUCACAAAAGUUAAAAAUACAAACAGAGAGAUUAAAGCAAGAGCUGGACAUACUUACAGAACAGACACUCUCUCUUUACCACAAAAUGGAAGAGGAUAAUACAAAUCUCAUAAUGAAAUACAAACAGGACCUGGAGGUGUAUGAAAAACAACUCAAACAACAAAUUCAAGAAUGCAAAGCAGCUCUCCAGCGUGGUUCACACAUACAUAUUUAUGAUGCAUUUUGUGAGAUCCAGUCUCCUACACACAGUCUCCCUGUAAAACCUGUCCUGGGUACUGCCAACUUCACUCCGAACGAAAAUCCUCAAGAUCACUUGAAAAAAGCCUUGGGAAAAGUUAUUACCUCAAGUCAAGGUCAAACUUUAACUGACCAGGGUCGGUCAGUCACAACAUCUGAUGAUCUGGAACAAUCCUCUACACAGCAACAACAGUCAGGAACAAAAGUGAAGAAAGCAGUGACAACAUACAAACUACUGCCACAGACCAAGAUAGUGGAGGAAAGGAAGUCUCCAUGUUACAUUGAUUCUAUAUGUCCCACCACUGAUGGUCAGGUGUGGACCAAGUACAAUAAAACAUUGACUCUCCUGGACAGGAAGGGUAAUGUAAUACAGGAGGUCAAACACAAUGUCUAUAUCGAUGAUAUCAGUCUGUUACCCACCACACACACACUGUGGGUCUGUGAUGAUAGGAACAACAUCAGGGAGCUGGUAUCAGGACGACUGACACACAGAUUCAGUACCAAGGAGUUACCCAGGUGUAUAUGUAUUACAGCCAGUAACCAUGUCAUUGUAGGGAUGACCAAACACAUCUCCAAAUUUACCACAGAUGGUAAAAUGGUGUGUACUACUAUGGCUAAAAGGACUAGGAAACCAUUAGUGUGUACACCAUACAGGAUCUCAGAGUGUCCUGUCACUCACAAUGUGGCAGUCGCUGAUUUCAGUUAUGAAAGUGAUGGUGGUGAUGGAAAGGGACGUGUUGUUGUGAUGGACACUGAUUUCAAGGAACUGUUUGUAUAUAGAGGUGACAUCCCCAGUACAUAUAAACCAACACCACAAACAGGAGGUAAACCAUUUAACCCCAGUGGUGUGGUGUAUGACAGUGUGGGGAACCAGAUCAUAGGGGACCGUCACAACAACAGGGUCCUACUCAUCAGUGGAGGUGGUGAGUUCCUCAGGGUCAUACACACAGACACAGACUGUACAUGGGCUGUAGGUAUAGACAGGGAGGAUGUCCUGUGGGCAGUGUUUGGGACAAUGAAUAGGGAAGUCAAACUACUACAGUACAGCAGUGUGUGACACCUGUAACCAAACAACUAGUAUAUGUAGUUACCAUGACAAUGACAUGGAAAUCAGAGACAAAUGAAACUUGUAAUGAUAACCAAUCAACUACAAAUUGUGUGACAUUUACAGG